AUGAUGAAAGAAAAAUAUAAGACAUUUUUUAGUUUCAAUGUAGAUAUAUUAAAGGAUGAAAGGACAAAGGGCAAUAAUUCCUCUUUGAAGAACGAUGAGCUAUCAUUCGAAGAAAUUGGGUAUUUGAGAUAUCAAUUAAAAUACCAUGAAUUUAACAACCUUCAAGGUGUCGAUAAGGAGAAUGUAAGUAAGGUUUGCCAAAAAAGAACCUUCUGCAAUUUAACUAAUAAUGGAGAUUGGGUUAAAAAAGACAUUGAUUCUAGACGGAUUUCUAUAUUGGAGUCAAUUAAUAAUGAGAAUAGCGAACUAAAUAAAGUCUGUGAAGUAAUUGAGUCACUGAACCUAAACUCUUCACAAAAGGAGCAAAUUGGAAUUUCUCCAGCAAGCUCACAAAGUUCUAAUUACACUGUGUUCAAGCUGGGAAGUUGUGGUAAUUUUGAUAAAAGCGAGGAAGGGGCUACUUUUCAUUCUGAGGGUAAUUAUUAUUUGGUUUCAAUGUUUAGUGCCUGUAAGUAUAAUUCUGAACAAGAUACAAACAAAUAUGAAAAGUCCCUUUUUUCUAUGGGAUUGGUUUCAACUAUGAAUCCUUAUCACGUGAGAUCUCGCUCAUUUAGAGAAUCUAUCAUGCUUAAUUACAUUAAUGAGAGAUACAAUAAUUAUUCAAAGCUACAAACUUUCGCUAUCCCUUAUAUGCUUUACCAAAUUAAUCUGGCUUCUGCCAAAAAUAAGAAUGAUAUUCCUAGUUUAAAUCAGAGCUCAUUUAAAACAGGUUACUCUUUUACCUUGGAAAUCAACCAAGGUUAUAAACGAACUUUUAUGCUUAAAAAAUUGAUUGGAUCAGGAGCAAAUGCAAGUGUAUUUUCUUCCGAUGUUUGUACCAUAGUAAAUGAAAAACUUGUGAGUGUAUUUUCAUGUGCAGUUAAGAUUCAACAUAAAGACCUUGGACUUAAUAUUAGAGAAAUAUAUUGUGGGUUAUCUCUCUAUAAGAGAAAUAAGAAACGCGAGCCAGAUAUUAAUUGGAAGGCUUCUUUAGAAAUUGAGAAACCUUUGAUUUCAAAUGAAUAUCAAACAAAUAGUUUCAACGAGGCUAUUAAAAAAGGAUCACCAUUAGUUCAGAAAACAGCUAGAAGUUCAAUAAGCACGACUUAUUUACCAGGAAGCAAUAUUCCUUCUAGUAGAAACUCGUUAAAUUCGUUUGUUGCUCCUAUGGAAAUUUUAAAUGAAAACCAUUCAAGCGAAAAUAUGUGUAGAAACUCAUUGAAUAACCUUAUACAAGCUUCAGGUGUAGGAUUUUACGUAAACUCAACUAAUACACCGUUAAAUAAUUUAAAAAGGAACUCGGUAUCUUCUGUGAAGACUGCUAGCAGAGUUUCCAUUUCCUCAAACUAUACUUGCAAUUAUAUGGACUCCUCUUCUGAUAGAAAUUCUUUGAUCGAGCCAAUUGAAAUCGGAGUGGGCGUAACUGUAUUUUGCAUUACCGAACUGUUUAUAGUUUCUCAAAGCUCAUCAGGGAUGAUCCAGAACAUCUUGACUAGGGAGAUGAUGAAGGGCAACCGAGAACAAGAAAAAAAACAAAAAAAUAGAGAGUUGAAUGACCACAAUACGUCUGUAGGUAUUUCUAUCUUGCCUACAUUCUUUGGAUCACAAAGCCUACAGAACAUACUAAACGAACACUACUUAAAGAAUGGUGCAACUGUGGAAGAACCUAUGUUAUUAUUUCUUACUUACCAAUUUGCCGAAACCCUUCUUGCAUUGAAUGAAAUGAAGAUUUUGCAUGGAGAUAUUAAACCCGACAAUAUCCUACUUUAUCCAAAUCCUAGUUUUGAUGGGGAAUGCUGGAGUAAUGGUUCAAAUUUGCUUACUCAUCAUCCACUCAUUCCAGAAAAUCAUGAAUUACCAAUCUUCAUGUCAAUAAUUGACUUUGGAAGAAGCUUGGAUAUUGGAGAAGUUUAUAAAAACACAUUUUUUGAAGGAAAUUGCCAUGCAAAAGGCUUCCUUCCUCCUGUGAUGCUAGAAAAUCUCCCCUGGAUCCACCAUAUCGAUAUUUUUGGCAUUGCUUCCACAAUCCAUUGUUUAAUUACGGGAAGAUAUAUGGAGCUCACAAAGUGGAGCGAUGAAACUCUCAAAUGCUUAGAAUAUGAACACACUAUUAACAAAGAUGGUGAUUACAUUCUUAAAGUGUAUAAUUAUAGAAUUAAGAAUCAGAGUUCAUGCCUCAAAAGAAAUUGGAAAAUGGAGUUUUGGAGCAGCUUUAUGGCUAAUUGUAUCAACUUUUGCCCUAUCCUUCACUCUAGAUCUUUACCUAAUACUAAUAAAUUCCAGAAUCCUCUCUUUUAUAACAAUGAAGUUGAACCAACGCCAGAACAGACUAAAAGUUUGCAUGUUUCACAAUCCAUUGACGAAAUCUCACAAAACAUCCGUUUUUUCCUCAAAAAAGUUCAAGCAGAUAUCGUCUCAAUUUUCCAAGAAGAUCAACAACUUAAGACCACUCUUUAUAAGCAGCUCUUGAAAACUAGAAAACAACUCCAAAACAUUUCUGCCUCAAAUUAG